AUGUUACAGUUCUGAGGAAAAUACCUGCAUUCUGACUGGGGCGGGAAAUUGAAUGCACCCUCUGCGGAAUCUCCAUAGUUACAAUACUUGUCACAUGACACAAACAUGUAAACAGAGAAUACUAGCCAAGGCCUACACUAAAAUAUUUCUUAUUUAUUUUGCUGUCAGUGUAAAGCUAGGUAUAGUUCUUCAUAUCUGUAAAUAUACACACGUGUGUGGGCGAUGGAUUUUUUUUUAUUUGCCUCAAAUAUCAAACUUUCUGAUAGAUGUCGGGAGGAAGAACAUUCCAAUUAAUAAAAUCGACUUGAGAUGGGAGCAAGCGCCUCGAUAUCUCUCUGUAGCGACUCAUCUGCUGUGAGAAUUCGGAAGCACAAUGCGAAGAUCAGCCCUGAGCCGACUGUUCCAGGCCCUGACACCAGUCCUGUCUUUGGGGUAACCCUUGAGAGGCUGAGGGAAGAUGGACAGCUUGUUUGUGGAGUGCCCCACAUGCUGCGACACAUGGUGGAUUUCCUGGACAGAAAUGGUGUGCAGCAGAGGGGUCUGUUCCGUCUGUCUGGCUCUGUGGUAAGGACCAGGCAGCUGAGGCUGAUGUGGGACAGGGGAGAGAGGAUGGAUCUGGUGGAGGAGGAUGUCUCAAUUGUGGCCUCCCUGCUCAAGCUCUUCUUCAGGGAGCUGCCCAGCCCCAUCAUACCAGAGCCUCAGCGCAAGGACCUGGUUCUCAGCCUCACAGAAUGUAAGAAUGAGGCAGAGUUGAACGCGACUCUGAAAGAGAAACUCAGCAGCCUACCUGUCGACAACCACAGCAUCCUGUCUUACCUCCUCCACUUCCUGUCAAGGGUGGCCUCUCACAGCCAAUCAAAUCACAUGCCAGUGGAGAACCUGGCCACAGUCUUUGGACCCUGUAUAUUCCAUGUUCCAUCAGGGCCUAGGAUGCUGGAAGAGCAGAGUGUGUGUAAUGCCGUGUUGCUCCACCUCCUGAGACAUCAAUCUGUUGUCUUUAUCUGUCCCCCGGACCUUCCACACGCGCCUCCUAGCCAGGACAACCCAUCACCACCCCCACCCCUCACAGCCCUGUCCCAUUUUGAGUCCCGGCUGCAGGAGAGACUGGGGGGUCCUACCAGCACCUCUCGGUCAGAGGAGAGUAACAGUGUGGGAAGGUUUGACGGAGACAGCACCACGUCAGAGACAGGAAGUCUUACUACCAACACACCCAGAAAGGCAUGGACGCCAUCUAACCUGAACAGUCCUGAGACUUUGGACAAUGGCUCGCACCUCACCACCCACACACAGCACCUGCUCCCAGACCUGUUGGAGGAUGUUGUGGAUGGAGAACCUGGCUGUGUUCUCACCUGCUCCAUGUAUCCUGGACCAGCUGGGGAGCCUAGCCAACAGGAGGAGGAGGAUCCUGGACCAGCGGAGGAGCCUAGCCAACAGGGGGAGGAGGAUCCUGGACCAGCUGAGGAGACAAGCCAACAGGAGGAGGAUCCUGGACCAGCUGAGGAGACUAGCCAACAGGAGGAGGAGAAUCCUGGACCAGCUGUGGAACUUAGCCAACAGGAGGAGGAGGAUCUUGGACCAGCUGGGGAGCCUAACCAACAUGAGGAGGAGAAUCCUGGAUGUCUCAGGGGAAGGACAAGGUCACAACAGGAGGAAGACCCAGCUACCUCCUCCAACAUAAAGGAGGAAGAGGACGAAGAGAAGGAGAGGGGCACAACCCGUUUAGCCAUCUGUGGACUCAUGGACCACAGUAAAGAAGACUAUUACCAGGAUCAUGACCCCUCCAGCUCUGAGCGCGUCAGGUGUGUGGCAGUGAGCUGGCAGGCUCAGGACACCCAGAACCAAGACCAGCACAAAAACAGCAUGACCCGAAUACAGAUGGCCGAUGGAAUAAACCUGUCUGACUCUGAAAAGAGCCCCUCCCUCAAGCAGCAAGCUCUGGAGGCUGAGCUGUGCCCCUCGCCACCCGGAACCCCUCAGGAGGACCUGGAUCACCCCCCUUGUACCAAGGACCACCAGAACCUAACCCCAUCUCUCCACUCCCUCCCAAAACAGGAACAGGACAUCAUCAGUACCUCACUGACAGAAGCUAGUCCGGUCCAGAGGCCCUCCGUGUCUCUCUCUGAGGGCAGUAGCAGUGAGUGUCUGAUGACCCCUAGUCCUAGUCCUCUCCUUCAGCGUCUUGCAGUGGGUGACUGUCCCGUACCGUCCCCCCGCAGCCACAACCUCAGCUUGGGCCAUCGCUUCAACACGGACCCUGAAACAGCCCCCUCCCCACCCUGCUCACAACACAUCAGGAUGGCUCACUACACAGUGAGGACUGAACCAGCAGAGGGCGCUAACAAGGCCCCAUCGGUCACGACGCUCAACAGACACAUCCAGAACGUGAGGAAGAGGAUCAGACACUUCGAGGAGCACUUUGAGCAAGAGAGACAGUACAGGCCAGCACACAAUGAUAGGACUGCCCAUCCUGAGGUGUCUAGACUGAUGCGGGACCUCACCAAGUCUCGGAAGCAGCUCAAAGAGCUGAAGCUGAAACAGUGUGCAGAGGGGCUCAGAGAGCAGCACAAAGGGGGAAACACAGGGACAUGCAGGUCCACAAGUGAACCCAAGGGGCCGAUGGAACACUACCACAACAGUAACAACAAACCCUCACUGGAGGAGACCAUUGAUAGCCUGAUGAAGAGACUGAUGGAGAAACGAGAGGAGGAGGAACUGCCUGAUAACAUCAAGGAGAUGACUCCAGCUCAGAUGGCUGUGGAGAAGGUCACCCUGCAGAAGUGUCUGCUCUACUUUGAGAGCCUGUAUGGGCGACCGAGCACCAGACAGGAGAAGACUCUGAUGAAGCCUCUCUAUGAUCGCUACCGCCAGGUCAAACAGCAGCUCCUGUGUUCACCCACCACCAUCCCUGUCAUCACCACCAUAGAGGAAGAGGAGGGUUCUGAUGAAGAGUGUGUGAAGGACAGCACCUGGCUACCUCAUACAGCGCUGCGUUGUGUGUCUUCAGAUGAAUCACUGCGUCUGCCGCAUAGUGAAGUGGCCAUUAUGCCCCUGGUGUCACCUCUGGAGGAGAUCAAAGGUCUACAGCCACCCAGUGUCACCACGGCAACACUGCACGAGGCAUCAAGGUCAGAGUUACUGGAGCAGCUGAGGGUGACGCGAGCUGAGAAGAAGAGACUCCGUUCAACUCUCCGAGUCUUUGAGGACCACUUCUACACACAGACCGGCCGGGCUGCCCAGAAAGAGGACCAUGGGCCCAUGGCAGAGGAGUACUGCGAGUACAAGAACUUAAAAGCUAAACUCCGUUUGCUGGAAGUCCUGCUCAGUAAACGGGAUACUCCGAAGACUGUUUGAGCCUCCUUCACAGUGGGACUUUUAUUUUGAAACAGUUUUUUUUGGCUCACUUUAUUGGAUCAUUUUUUUUCCAGAACAAAUUUCAAAGUGAGAUACCGGUACUUCUGGUCAUGUUUCAUGCGAUGCUUACAUGGUGAUGCACUUUAAAUGACUCUCACUUUGGUUAAGAGUGAUGACAAGAUGAUGCAAGAAUUGCUGGGCCACAUUCAGCUAUUUUUAGUCCCUUAACAAGUCCUUUGUUAUUCAUGACAAAUUAUACUUUUUUCUGCAACUGAUGUAGCGAGUGUAACACUUUCAUUUUAAGGAAAAAAGAGAACAAAUAUAUAUCACGGUUGAUGUUAGAAAUGUUAUUUUAUGCUAUUCUAAGCUAUUUUAUGGCACUUUAUUGUUACUUGCAUUUUGUUCUUGCCAAACUAAUGUCGAUAUAACAGGUACGUAACGUGGUCUUCUACGUUCAAAUGCUGCUCUUUGAAAAGUGCAAUCUUGGCAAGGGGGAUAUGUCAUCCGAAUACACAAUCUGACAAUCCUGUAGAAUGUUUGUGCAUGUCAAUCUGUUUUUAGUCCCACAAUGUACUAUGAUAUGAUGAAUUGUGGCAAUUCAAGUUAUACAUUACCUUGGAAAAAAAUAACUUGUGAAUGUUGGCAUAGUGCAAGUUACUCAAAUCUGUGUUGUUUUCUCCUUUUUGUGUUUUUCAUCCAAAAAUGCAAUUGUUUACUAGGAUCAGAGCUCUUGACAUUGUGCACUUCUGGUUUAUGUGUAUAUAUCAGUAAAAAAUAAAUAUUUUUUCACAUU